AUGAAUGUGCUCCACGUCUGGCUCGACGGCCAAGGGCACGGAGAGCAACCCGUUCCCAGACCGAAGAAGAUCUGUAACGGUGACCCCCCUGUCGUGGUCGCCGCGCACUCUCAUAGGACCAAGCUCCUCAUCUUGAUACAUAGGUUCAACGCGCUCAGGUCUAACGACGUCUACGCCAAGGAGUACGGCAUGUGUGAGUUCUACGAGAAGCCGACACCCCAAGCCUCGCAGUUCAACAACUUAAACCACGCUGAGAACGAGGCAACGGUCAGCAACGGCCCGAGCCAUAUCGCCGCGCGCACGCGGCGGUAG